UUUUCUUUGCAUGCUUCUAUAACAUGAUGAACCCCCUCGAGUAUGGAGUCUUGGGUUUAUAAAAAGCUGGUUGUUGUUCUGUAAGGGAGAGAUUAAAGGGUAGAGUUGUCAGUCUGAAUACAGUAGUACACCAAAGGACAACUAGGUAUUUUUCAUUGAAGCUAAGGGUCACCAAUUUGUUCUCCAUCAAACUUUAUAAAAAAAAAGAAUCUGUCAAAUAUCAAAUAUCUCUCUUUCUCUCUCUUCAAAAUGCAUAUUUAAACCCUGGCCUCAUGGUUCAAGCUUCUCAUGGAAAGCCACAAAACAAUAAACUUGUUUCACAAACAUGGCAACCAUUCAAUCCAAAGACAACAAAACUAUCUUCUUCAACUAUUUCAAGUCUCUUUCCCAAACCCCUCAUAGGCUUAGAAAGAGAAUGCUAGCAACAUGGACCCCAGACCAAGAGCUUAAUCAAGUAAGGCUAAGGUCUGGUGCUGAUAUGAAGAGGAAACUUAAAUGGUAUGAUUUAGUAGCUCUUGGUGUAGGUGGAAUGCUUGGUGUUGGCGUUUUCGUCACCACUGGACCCGUAGCCCGUAAUCACUCUGGUCCAUCAGUCUUCAUAUCCUACAUCAUUGCCGGAAUAUCAGCACUUCUUUCUUCUUUGUGUUACACUGAAUUUUCAGUCCAGAUUCCUGUUGCUGGUGGUGCCUUCAGUUACCUGAGAGUGACUUUUGGAGAAUUUGUGGGCUAUUUUGCUGGAGCAAACAUACUAAUGGAGUAUGUAUUAUCAAACGCCGCCGUGGCCAGAAGUUUUACAGAGUAUUUAUGCUCAGCCUUUGGGAUAAGUGAUCCCAAUUCCUGGAGAGUGGAAGUUCCUGGAUUGCUACAAGGCUAUAACAAGUUGGAUUUCUCAGCCGUUGCUCUUGUUCUUAUUCUCACUUUCUGCUUAUGCCAUAGUACAAAGGAAAGCUCAAUCUUGAACCUAAUUAUGACAGCCUUUCAUAUUGUGUUCUUUGGAUUCAUCAUAAUCAUGGGUUUCUGCAAUGGAAGUGUGGAAAACUUGGUGAAGCCAACGGGGCUAACUCCUAACGGUAUUAGAGGGGUUCUUGAUGGAGCAGCUAUAGUUUACUUCAGCUACAUAGGCUAUGACUCAGUCUCAACCUUGGCUGAAGAGAUCCAAAACCCUCCGGUAACCCUUCCGGUGGGGAUCAUCGGUUCGGUUUUUAUUGUCUCCGGACUUUACUGCCUCAUGGCGUUGGCCUUGUGCGUGAUGGUUCCUUACAAUCAGAUAGCUGAAAAGGCAUCAUAUUCAAUGGCUUUCCAAAGAAUUGGUUGGAAGUGGGCAGGGAAUAUAGUUGGGGCAGGAGCAAGCUUGGGGAUAGUGGCUUCUCUUUUGGUCGCCAUGUUAGGCCAAGCCAGGUACCUGUGUGUUAUAGGAAGGGCCAGGCUGGUGCCAUCCUGGUUAUCUAAGGUGCAUCCUUCAACAGGCACCCCAUUGAAUGCCACACUCUUUUUGGGGCUUUGCACAGCAUCAAUAGCACUCUUCACUGACUUGGACAUAGUGAUUGAAAUCAUCUCUAUCGGCACACUGUUGGUGUUCUACCUGGUGGCCAAUGCUCUUAUCUACCGAAAAUAUGUGCUAACAAGCAAAAAUCCACCUUUCCCCACACUCUCCUUCCUCUUCCUCAUUACAUCUUGUGCAAUAGGCUUCUCGAUAUCAUGGAAACUCGAGCAGCAAUGGUGGGGUUUGCCUCUUUUCGGCGGGAUAAUUAUGGUCGUUACAGCCUUCUUCCAGUACACGGUGCCUUGCCUAGGGCCGCCAAGCGAGUGGUCAGUGCCAUUCAUGCCUUGGCCGGCUGCUGUAUCCAUUUUCCUUAAUGUCUUCCUUAUGACCACACUGAAGAUGCUCUCAUUCCAAAGGUUUGCGAUAUGGGGACUUUUGAUAACUUUGUUCUAUGUAUUAUAUGGAGUUCAUUCAACGUUUGAAGCAGAAGAGAUGGGGAUGAAAAUGGCUGUUAAUGAAGUGCCAAACCCAUCUAUCCAACUAACAAAGCUAGAGGUUUAACAAUUUAUGUUCAUUUAAAAUUUGAAAAAUCACGCUGUUCCUCUCA